UAUUGAAAUCUCAAAAUUGUUCUUUCGGGAUAUCAAAUUAUCUUUUAACUUUGCAACGUUUUUACUACCACUUUUUCGGACGUUACUUUUACACAAUGAAGUGGCUGAUAAUUAUUUGGAUUUUGCUAGUGCUUAACGCUGCUGGCGGCACAAAAUGGCUGUGCAGCCGGUCAACUGUGUGCACGCCGGAGAAUAGGAAGUUGCAAGGGGAAAAGUACAGGGUGGCGCGCUUUGAGAGCCAGCGCGACUGCCGGCUGUCGUGUGGCAAGUACGGCGCCGUGUGGCCAAUGCCAACCGGUCCAGGCAUCAGUUUGUCGCACAGUCGCGUGCACUUUGAUCCCCAGGAGAUGCAGUUCAGUGUGGAGGCGCCCAGCGAGGCAGCCACGCAGUUCCUGCACGAGACCCGGCGGCUGUUCGUGGCAAAUCUGCUCAGGGAGUGCGCCCGCGACUGCACUGUGGCAAGCAGCGCUCGGAUCGUGGUGCUGGCGACGGUGAUCAGCGGGAGUCUGGUGCUCGACUGGCGCACGCACGAGAACUACAAGUUGGCCAUCAACUCAACGCUGGGCAAUGGCACCGUGGUGCACAUUCAGGCGACUACGGUGUACGGCGCGAGGCAUGCCUUCGAGACGCUCAGCAAUCUGGUGACGGGCAGCGUGACCCGUGGCCUGCUGCUGGUCAGCAAUGUCCUCAUCUCGGAUCGUCCGUGCUACCCGCAUCGCGGCCUGCUGCUGGACACAGCGCGCCACUUCAUGCCGCUGCAGCAUGUGCGGCGGACGCUCGAUGGCAUGGCCGCCUCCAAGAUGAAUGUGCUCCACUGGCAUGUGGUGGACGCGCACAGCUUCCCGCUGGAGAUCACCCGAGUGCCACAGAUGCAGCUGUACGGCGCCUACUCGAGCGCCCAGACCUACUCCCGCAAGCAGGUCGUCGAGCUGAUGAAGUACGCCCGCCUCAGGGGCAUUCGCAUCAUCGUGGAGAUCGAUGGGCCCUCGCACACGAACAGCGGCUGGCAGUGGGGACCCGACGAGGGACUGGGCGAGCUGUCCGUCUGCCUGCAGCGCUCGCCCUGGGAAUCCCCCUGCGCCUCUCCGCCGUGCGGCCAACUGAAUCCCAUGAACGACAACGUGUACGCGGUGCUGAAGGCAAUCUUCCGCCAGGUGGCCGAGAUGGGAGCACCGGAGGAGACCGUGCACAUGGGCGGCGACGAGGUGCAGCUGUCGUGCUGGAACAGCUCCAUGCAGAUCCAGGAGAAGAUGCUGUCGCAGGGCUACAACCUCAGCGAGAAGAGUUUCCUGCACCUCUGGGCGCAGUUCCAUCGGCGCAAUCUGUUGGCCUGGGACGAGAUCAAUCGGAGCGAGCAUCCCGACAUACCAGAGCCCAAGCCGGUCAUUCUGUGGUCCAGUCUACUGACCAAUCCGGACACAAUCGAGCGCCACCUGCCCAAGGAGCGGUUCAUCAUCCAGACCUGGGUCGACCCGCACGACUCCCUCAACAGGAAACUGCUGGAGCUGGGCUACCGCAUCAUUGUCUCCAACGCCAAUUUCUGGUACCUGGACCACGGCUUUGGGCACGCUAAAACCAUGUACCACAACUGGCGCACCGUCUACGAGGCCGACAUGCCGGAUAUUUCCGAGGCGCAGCUGGUUCUGGGCGGCGAGGUGUGCCUGUGGACCGAGUCCGUCGAUCAGAACACCUUGGAGUCUCGCAUCUGGCCACGUGCCGGCGCCGCUGCCGAGCGCCUCUGGGCAAAUCCAGUGGAAUCGACAGUCCUCAUAGAGCGUCGCUUCUAUCGCUAUCGCGAGCGACUGCUCGACCGUGGCAUCCAGGCGGAGGCUGUGGCCCCGCGCUUUUGUGUCCUCAACGAGAAACUGUGCGAUGAUCCUUAUUUCGUGUAUUGA